AUGGCUAGACCUCGCAGAUGUCGGGCACCCGAGCGUGGCCCCAAACGCAAGCGUGGCAGCCAACUGAAAAUCCCUUGUGCGCUGAAGGCAUGCGGCGACCGUCGAAAUGUCGACUGCAAGAAUAAACCCUGGAAAGCCAGGGUCGAGCUCUUGAAUCCGGAGAAGCUCAGGCCCUUGCGCCCCCAAGCGACGGUGGCUCGAUUUUGCUGUGCGCAGCACCGGGAUGCAGCAUUGGGACCUGCGCCGGAGAGAGGAGGAAGGGAGGCUCUGACUGCGGAGCAGGCUGUUUGGCUGUUCAAUGUCCUGCGCCAGAUUGCACCCUGGGCGGCAGUACUGUUCCUGAUAACUAUCAUGGUCGGAGAAAGAGCUGCAGCCAUGUGUCAAGCAUCGGCUCGCUGGCUGCGUGGCAUGGACCCUGCUAGCUCUUGCGUGGCCAGCAUCGUCAUCCCAAGAGUGAACAAGAAAACUACCCCACGCACUGUGGCAUUGCCCAGGGAGUUUGCUGACCUCCUCUGGUGCUGGUGCAAUGGCAACCCACUGCAAGGCGGUAGCCCGGAGUCUCCGCAGCAAUGGCCUCACCGCGGACAAGCGCCGCUCUUUGCUGAUCGUGCCAGAACAAGAUUCACGAAGAAAGCCUUGGAUGCGCGCUUGUUGUUUCCCGGCAGAGUCAUUGGCGGACACAACCGCAGACAAUGGUGCAAGCCUAUAACAACUCGUGGGUUUUUCGGCGUUUUCCAGGCCUGCCAGGAGGUGCUGCGGAAGCAGCGUCAUGAGGCUCGAAGCCUGGGACGCAAUCACCCCUUUGAAGGGGUAUCUCUCAAAAAAGUUACGACCCACACCUGCAAGAAGACAGCUGCCACGCUUCUAUCCGAGAAAACCUCCGUGGCAGUGAUGUCUGCCAUCACUGGCACAUCAAGUAAAAUGCUCUUGACCACCUACGUGCGUCCAACCGCGGAUUUCCAGCGAAAUGCUAUGUCUGCUGCAUAUCAACCCUUGCUUGCGGGUAUCAAUCAGCGCUCCGUUGAUGCUGAGCCUCGGACGGAAAACUGCGUUCGAGGACUCGUGCACUGCACAGGUUGUGGCCUGAAGCAAGGGUCAAGUGAUUGGAAACAUUGCCCUGGGUGCGGGCGACACUUCAUCACAGACCUGCUGCGCAACACUCCGUGA